CCGCACGUCGCAGGGAUGGCGGGCGGGGCGGACUGCAUUUCCCAGCGUGCCGCGCGGGGCCCGGACUUCCUCCCGCGCCACCAAUCAGGAGCGCCCAGGUGUCGCGGGCGGGGCGGGGGCGGAGGCGGCGAGAAGAUGGCGGCCAAGAGCGGCCGGAACGGGCUCCUGGACAAGUGGAAGAUUGAUGACAAGCCAGUAAAAAUUGACAAAUGGGAUGGUUCAGCUGUGAAAAAUUCCUUGGACGACUCUGCCAAAAAGGUGCUCCUGGAGAAGUACAAAUACGUGGAAAACUUCCGUCUGAUCGACGGCCGCCUCAUCAUCUGCACAAUCUCUUGUCUCUUCGCCAUCGUCGCUUUGAUUUGGGAUUACCUGCACCCUUUUCCUGAGUCCAAACCGGUUCUUGCCUUCUGUGUUGUCUCGUAUUUUGUGAUGAUGGGAAUCCUGACCAUUUAUACCUCGUACAAAGAGAAGAGCAUUUUCCUGGUGGCUCACAGGAAGGACCCGGCCGGGAUGGAUCCCGACGACGUCUGGCAGCUCUCCUCCAGCCUCAAACGGUUCGAUGACAAGUACACCCUGAAGCUGACCUUCAUCAGCGGGAAAACCAAGCAGCAGAGGGAAGCCGAGUUCACCAAAUCCAUCGCCAAGUUCUUCGAUAACAACGGCACGUUAGUCAUGGAGGCCUACGAGCCAGAGGUGUCCAAGCUGCACGACAGCCUGGCCCUGGAGAGGAAAACAAAAUGAUUUCAGAGCCCACCCGCCUCCCGGCAGCCUGCUAAAUUAACACCAAUAAAGUCAAAUGGCAAAGAAAGUGAA